CACAUGUCCCUGCACCCGCAGGACACCCCACGGCUGUGCCCCACACGUGUCCCCGCACCCCAGGGCCCCCCCCAGCCAAGCCGUGCCUGAGCCGUGCCGGGGUCCCCUCACUCUCUGUCCCCCCGCAGCUGCGGGACCCGAGCGGAUCCGUGUCCCACCCCCCCAUCCAGGAUGGAGGGGCGCGAGGAGACGGGUGAGGAGGAGGAGGAGGAGGAGGAGGAGGAGGAAGAGGAGGAGGAGGAGGAGGAGGAGGAGGGGGUGCGCAUCACCCCCCAGCUGCUGAAGGCCAGCACGGGGGAGUUCGCCCUGGAGUCCAUCCUGCUGCUGCGGCUGCGGGGCCGCGGCAUCGCCCACCUGGGCUGCCUGGGCGACUGCGCCAACCUGGAAUGGCUGGACCUUUCCGGCAACGCCAUCGCCCAGUUGGGUCCACUGGCUUCCCUCAAAUCCCUCACCGUCCUCAACCUGGCCCGGAAUCGUGUGGCCAGCCUGGAACCCCUGGGUUCUUGCCAAAAUCUCCAAAGCCUCAACGUAGCCGGCAACCGGGUGAGCAGCCUCCAGCAGCUGCGGUGCCUGACGGGGCUGCGGCGCCUGGAGAGCCUGCGCCUACGCGAUCCCCUCGCCCGUUUGGCCAACCCCCUCUGCGUCACCGCCCCGGCCUAUCGCGCCGCUUUGGCCGACAUGUUCCCCGGCCUCAAAGCCAUCGACGGCGAGCGGUUGUCGGGUCGCGGGAGCGAGUUUUACCAGCUUUGCCGGGAUCUCGACAGCUCGCUGGGACGCGGCGGCGGCGGCAGUGGCAACGCCGACGCCGGUCCGGAAGCGCCUCGAGCGGCUCAGCCUUGGGUGGAAGCGGGUUUUUGGGAACCGCGGCCGCCCCGGCGUAGCUCCAUCAUGGAAGAAGCCUACAAGCAGUUUGGGGAAGUGCUGCAGGAAUGCCGGGAGCUGAGCCGGCGCGCCGACGAUACCAUCGCCCAGGCGGAACGGGCGCUCAGCAGCCGCCCCAACCCCAAUUCCUUCGUCUUCUGAGCCACGAGACCCCAGCCCCGGUCCCCAUGCCACCCACCACCCUGGAACCGCCGUCACCGAAGAGGACGCCGGAGGAGCCGCGAGGAAUCCGGAGCAGCAACGGACAUAGCCGGGGACACACCAUCAACCCCGGGGGCUCCGGGAUGGGGAACGGGGGCAGGAGCAGAGAUGUCCUUAGGGAAUUUGGAGCCAUCCCCGAGUUCUCCAGCCCGGAGGGGAGACUUGUGGGGCUGGGGAGGCCGCGGGUGGGGACAGGUGACAUCGUGGGGGACUGGGGGACGUGGCGAGGUUGUGCAGUAAAGGCGUGCCGUCCUCAAA